CUGAACUCUCAAACCGCUUUUGCUCAUAAAAAACACCGGCACGCAGUGAGAGUGAAAAGUGAAACUGACACGAGCGAGACUCGAGAGAAGAAUCUUCCUUGAAUGUGUGGAUCGUAGAAACGUAAAAGAUAUCAGAGUUAACCUGGGUCCAGCAAAUGUCAACGUUUCCUUUGUCUCGCUUCACAAUUCUCUUUAAGUAAAAAUUUGUAUUGAUUGUUCUGGUCUGGUUGAAGAAAUGACGGACAACAAGAAUCCAAAGUUUCCAUACAUCGUCCUCCCGAAUUUGUCUUCUGCUGGAGAUGGUGACAAUAUUACUGACGAUUCAUCCAUUGGAGUGAAUAAAGGGUCGAAAACUACAACAACGGUCAAACUACCCCGUGUUGUGUCCUCUCCAGCGCUGGACACUUCAAACGCCAAGAUCAGGUCGACGUCACCUCCUACGUUGCUAACUCCAAGCAAGAAACAACCCCAGUCAACAGGUCUGAGUCGUCAUAUCGCGCUGAGUAAGCAAUUUGCCGGGACGGUGAGUGAAAGCCCACAACUGUCAAACGAAUUCCAAGCCAUCCGCAAAGAAGUUUUGAUGAGGGCACAAUACGAAAUGAGAAAGCCCCCUGCAUCAUUUUAUCCCUCUGCAGUCCCAGAAGAUGAAAUUCCAAACACAAUUCGACAACCUGAAGGAACCAAAAGCGUGAUUGAUCUUCGAACGGGAGACUCCUCCACGAAACUCGACCUGGAAGCACUUUCUCAACUAUUUCCACAUCGAUCCAGACAACUAAAAUCGUCCAGAAUAAAUCUUCAAGCUAAUCAAUCGACGCUAUCGGUAUCACAGUCAAGUUUAGAACCAAAAACUCCUACAAGAAAAUCCACCACGCCAAUUGCUCUCGCUGCGGCAAAAUCAGUCAUGGAGAAAGUGACCAAUUUGUCCUCACCCAACAGUUCAAGCAAUGUUCAACUGGACCAGUUAAAGUCUCGCCUGGACGGUCUCACUGUCCAUAUUAAAAAUCGGGACUGCGAAGUUUCCAAGUUGAAAGAGCAGGUUGUCGAGUUACAGUUGCAGAUUUUAAAGGAGAAGAAAGACGUUGACGGGUCGAAUGAGCUCAUGGAACGCCUCUCCAUAGACAUGGAAUCACUUUCUGACAAGUUGGAAUCUCUCGAAAAUAAAUUGGUCAAUCAGGAAACCAACAUUUUAAACAAAUUGUUACUAAUUGAGGAAAUGGGGACUUCAGACUCGGAAUCGGAGUAUGGAAAAGUGGAAUGUAAGCCGAACAACUGGGUCUCGAGCAGCAGUACGUCUAAUACGACAAUCCCGUCGAAAUCGGCGUCAAAUAUUUCUACUCAUCAGACUCCUGUUCAACCCUUCAGCACGGGAAUCAAUUCUUUAAAGGAGUGUGUCAACUGGGUCCCGAUUGCGCCAGACUUUGACAAAUUGUUGAACGUUAUUGCACUCUUGAAUUUUCGGAUGGACAGGAAUCAGUCAAUGCAGCUGUCGAGAGUUGGAAACGAGGCGACGUUUAAGGCAAAUUGUGAUGAUGUUAAUUACUGUGUUUAAUUUAAUUUUUGCUUUAAAUAAUACUUCAGCACGCAGAUACUAUCCCUCUAGUCAUUUAUAAGAAUGGACUAAUCCUGGGAAACUCUGGUUUCCGAAGUUAUGCGACACUCUCUGUGAUAAAAUUAAUUAACGAAAUGUUCAGUGGAUAUUUCCCCUCCGAGUUGCAUUCUCAGUAUCCCGAUGGAAUCGUGUUUGUUGUAGGACAACUCAAAUUAUUUCUUCCUAUCCUUAAAAAAAUAAAAUUUCAUGCAAGUAUCAUCUUGCAGGUCUCAGAUAAGAGAUCAAUCAUCCACGAACUUUGCCCCGGUUUUAGUGGCCCUGGAAUGAAGUUGAGUGACUCCAAGUCUGCACCGCUACUACUUCCGGGCACUGAACGGUUGUCCGCCCCUCUAAGACAAUUUCUGAAAAAUGAUUUACCAAAGUAGUGCAAACCAUAUUUUUUGUGCUUUAGGCUAUUAUUAUUGUAGUGUUUGGAUUAAUUUUAUGUAUCAAAUUAAGGACGAAUUCUGAGCUGAGUAUUGCAUCCUGUGCUUCUUCCGAUGCGUCGCUUUCUUCUACUUCUGCAUGCAUCACUCUUCCAGAUUUAAAUAAGCUCACUAAAAACCAAAACGGCCAUAAAAUGAUUUGUCUGAAACUAAAAAAUGUUACGAGUGGUACACAAUUUGUGGAAUUAUUUUAACUAAUCUGUAAUUUACCCCAUCUAAAUAAAUAAAUUAUAUUCUAUGAAA